AUGUCAGCGUAUUGUAAGGGCGCCUCUUGCUCGGAGGUGUUGUUUCUCCGCGUGUGUCUGACGGCGCUCGUGUGCUACACGAUCUGGUCGGUCGUGAGGUUCGUUCACGAUCACACGUGCGUCCGUCCGUCACACCCCGUACUAAUACCCGACACUGACUUCGACUCCAUACCUAACUUUCUUAACCUACUACAUGAAGUCGAACUUGACUGA